GGCAGGAUGAGGCAGCAGAUGAACAGAAGAGCAAAGCCAAGUGGCCCAAAAGGCCUGAGUGAAGAAACUCUCCACCAAGCCGAACCAAGGCGGGACGACAGGAGGGAAACUCUCUGUGAUGAAGAUGACCUGCUAUAUGAGAUUAAUCAUAUUGUUGGAGAUGAUGAUUUUUCAGACUGUUACAUAGAAUGUGUAAUAAGAGGUGAGAUUUCUGAAUCCAUCCCACAAGAGGAGUUCCUUAACUCCUUUGCAAUCCUGAAGGAAGAAACAGAAAAAAAUCUUUCUGAGCAGAUUCUUCAGGGUACUACUAGCUCCCUUCCUAAGCCUUCGUUGUCACCCAUGACCAAAGGCACCCAACAAGAGCUUCCUCAACAGAUGUUUGAAACGAAUUCACCGCCUGGAGAUUCUGAGCACACACCAAGCAAGAAGCUCGCUUCUGGAGGACUACCCAGUGGUAACUUGGGUCCUAAACCUGUCACAGAAGGUACUGGAAAGAAGCCUCCGAAUAGUAAUGCAUGUGGUGCUCUGAAGUUAAUGAUUUGUCCUGAGAGGGGCUGCACAAAAAUGGUGAGAAACAGAGCUGCCCUGAAGAAGCAUUCGCUAGUUCAUAGUCCCCGGCAGUUUGUGUGUUCCGAGUGUGGGCGUGCAUUUGCAGAAAAGGCCAAGCUGACGCGGCAUUAUCUGGUCCACAGUGGAGAGAAGCCAUUCCAGUGCACAUUUGAAGGAUGUGGGAAACGCUUUUCCCUGGACUUCAACUUACGUACACAUGUACGCAUCCACACUGGCGAGAAACGUUUCGAGUGUCCUUUGGAUGGCUGUAACAGAAAGUUUAUUCAGUCCAGUAACAUGAGAGCUCACAUCUUAACUCACACGAAGAAGCCAAAGAAAUCAUAGAAGGAAGAGAAGAUGGAAGAUAAACCUCAUUAGUAGAAAAGUAAUUGGAGAAAAAUUUGCAUCCUACAUUGUUACUUCUAGAUGGGGAUUUUUAAAAAUUAUCCUUGAACAAAAUAAUGG